AUGCCCGCCCUUUCCCCGACGAUGACGGCGGGAAACAUUGGUUCGUGGCAGAAGAAGGCUGGUGACAGCGUUGUUCCCGGCGAUGUCCUAGUGGAGAUUGAGACGGAUAAGGCCCAGAUGGACUUUGAGUUCCAGGAGGAGGGCGUUAUCGCCAAGCUCCUCAAGGAGUCUGGUGAGAAGGACGUUGCCGUUGGUAACGACUCUAGUCUCGUCGCGAAACUCCUGAAAGUCCCUCGCCCGGCGACACUCGUGACCACCUCGGGCGGCAGACUCGAAACCGCCCUCGACCGCGAACCCAACAUUGCCCCGGCGGCUAAGCGAUUGGCCCGCGAAAAGGGCAUCUCUCUGGAGGGAAUCAAGGGAACCGGCAAGGGCGGAAAGAUUGUCGAGGAGGACAUUAAGAAGGCUGCCUCUGGCGGUGCUGCGGCGGCCGGUGCGCCCGCUGCCGUCCGCAUCUCAGUAUCCAAGCUCCUCAAGCUCCGCCAGGCGCUCAACAGCUCGGCCAACGGCGAGUACAAGCUGUCGGUCAACGACUUCCUCAUCAAGGCCAUGGCGGUUGCCGCGCGCAAGGUGCCCGCCGUCAACUCGAGCUGGAGGGACGGCUUCAUCAGGCAGUUCAACUCGGUGGACGUCUCGGUUGCCGUAUCCACCCCGAGCGGCUUGAUCACCCCCAUCGUCACCGGUGUUGAGGGCCUCGGCCUCGAGUCCAUCUCCUCCAAGGUUAAGGAGCUCGCCAAGAAGGCGCGCGACAACAAGCUCAAGCCCGAGGAGUACCAGGGUGGCACCAUUUGCAUCUCCAACAUGGGCAUGAACAGCGCGAAGGUGGCGGUCCCUGUCGAGAACGAGGAUGGCACGACGGGCAUCGAGUGGGAUGAGCAGGUGACGGUAACUGCCAGCUUCGACCACAAGGUUGUGGACGGUGCGGUAGGUGCUGAGUGGAUCAAGGAGCUCAAGAAGGUGCUCGAGAACCCUCUUUCUCUCAUGCUGUAA